AUGUAUCUUGUCCACUGGUCUGAGAUGGAAAAAGUCCAGCGUUACUCUGGAGUUUUCGCCGCAUCACCCAUUCCUCCAUCUCUGACAUUUGGUCCUUAUAAGGGGACGUUGAAUAUUUUCCUGAAAACGAAUGAUCAUAAACACCUGGAUUAUAUCCUUGAGGUGAGAUGUAGAAACUGCUUUUAGAAGUAGAGGGACUCACAGUGAGAACUAGCCCCCCCCCCACCCUCCCCGGCUAAACACAAGCAAAACGGGAAUAUGCCUCCCAAUUGUGUGAGGUUUCCAAGGUCUUGGAACUUUUAAAAAUAGGUUUUAUAGCUUUCGUUAAAUUUAAAAAGAAAAAAACCUUUAAAUUCAAUGGGUUCUUUGGUCAUAUAUGAUCAUUCAAAGACUUCAUUAAGAUCAUAGAUCUAUGGGUUAAAUUUUUAAUUGGUUUACUGAGGCUUUCUUCACUAAAUUCAUAUCAAUUAAUCAUAUCUUUUCAAACAGCCUUCAAUUCCUGUCUGUCGCUUUUCGUUCUUUCUGAACUUUUGGACUCUCCUUACGCAAUAGUUGUAGGAGGGGGGGGAGGGUUGGGGGAGGCAUUGGUGCAUUUGGUUCACUCCUUGUCUCGAAAAUGUGAUUAGUUAUUACAAAACAAAUUGGUCUUCUAAUAAUGCCAGUAACAUGCUGGUGUAGGUCUCCUUCUCCCCCGCCCUCCCCUCCCCGCCCUUUUGUAAAUCCUGCCUAACCCCCGUAUCCGUUUCAGGUGACCUACAAAUGUGGUCAGCUCAUCUGGGUUUUCGAUCGGCAUCUUUCUUGGGUCCCUUUCAUGAACUUCGCACGCUGCCCUGAGGAGCAAAAUGUGGAGGUGUUCUUGAGCGAAGGGUCUUUUUUCUUCCGUACCAUCGAUAGAGUGUCCCCGGGCGAGGAACUGUUGUUAUGGCCAACUGAGAGACUUUGCAGAAGUCUGCGUAUGCCCAAUUUUGUGUAUCAUGGAGAUAGAGAACGUAAGAAUUCUUUAUUGAUUUUGUAAUAUAAAUUUUAAAUUUCCUUUUCAGUUCUCAAAUUUUCUGAACUAAUCAUAAAGCAAAGGAGAUAAAACCAAAGCAAUCCUGGCACUCGAUUUAAAAUAACUCUAUUCCAUUAAACUUUUCUAACCAAUCAGAGCACUGCGCCCCAUUUCGUAAUCUUCAUAUUGCAUGCUUAGUGGAAUAAUUUGCUAAAUAUAAAACUAAACUCAAAAUAAUCUUAACCAUUAAAAGGUCACAAGAGGCAUUAAGAACUAGAAAUCAUUACAUAUUAAUCGCAUCAAGCGAGGGAAAGGUGAGCGCAAUGCGAUUAAUUUCAGUUUUGCGUCUGAUUGGACCAAUCACCAGAGGAAAGACAAGAAAAGCCAAUGCAAUCCAGUAUUAAUCUUUACGCUUAAUUAAAUUUUUAUAUUCCUAUCAUUAUUUUUUUACAGAAAUUUAGUUUCAAAUUAUACUUAGUCUUUCAUUCGGUCCCCAUAGGAAUUUUGCUUUGAUAAAAUUCUUACUUCGGAAAAGACCGCUUUAAAAUUUACCGCGUUGGUGAAUUUUACUUGGCAGAUAGGUUUCUGCUUUUCAAUAAAAGUUAAGGAGCCUCCUGUUCAGCUGCAGUUAAAACUUUGGACCAACACCCAGAAUGAUGCGCGAUUAGAGGGUAAAUUUGGAAAGUGAAUUCAGUUCCGCCCCGCCUUUCUCUGAAGUUGUGACGCAGAAGCGAGCUGGUGGCAAAGAAAAUGCAAUAAUAAAAUAUUAAGAGUGAGUCGCGAACGACUCGAGGAAACGGUCUGGGGAACAGUCUGUUCCACGAUGGGGUCUGGGAAACGCCAAACAUUCAUCUUCUAAAAAAACUGCCAUGCGUACUUCUGCAGUGUUACAACUGAAGAAAUAUGUAUAAGCAAAGGAAGAAACUAUUAAAACAGAAACUCAAAGCGCUGGAAAGAGUUUAGUCAAAUAAGAUCUUACUGGACGGAAAGGUGAAAGAUCCAGGGUGAUUUGUUUCGCCUCAUGAGCGCAAUUUUCCUAUUUUGCUCAGUAGAUCCAAACUCUAAUAAUCACUUUACAGAAAAACGGUGUCAUUGGCUUCUUUCGCACACAAUUCUACGUUUCAAAUUGAUUGUCGACCUCGAAAACAGCUUUAAGAAUAAAUAUCUAUUUUACUUUUCUUUUCUAAUGAUUCUUUUACAUAGACCGCCAAACAACGAAUUCUAUUGUGUAAGUUUCAGAACGCGAUCGGUUACUAAGCAGACAUGGCCGUUCUUGAGGUAUUUAUAUUGUGUUUUUAACUCACCUCAGAUAAUAACCCAUAGCAUGUGUUUUUAUUGUUCUCAUCAUUUGAUGUAAUUGAGUAUUGAGAGGUUUCUUCGAUCGUUUCGCUCUUUCUCAUCGAGAAAGCAAGACUCGUGUCUGACGAAACUAUAUAACCACGCAAUUUAGUUGUGUUAAUUCAUUCAGCUUGUUGUAAAACUUUACGGCUUUUGAAGUUUCCCUUUCAAAUAUUUUUAAAGUAUUUGCAGAUGAGAAAAAAAUGCUUAUCUUGCCAGAUAUUCUUUACCUGGUGCUAGGAAUGAAACGGGAAUACGACUAGUUGGAUCUUAAUUAUCUUAUCUAACCUUCGUAAAACCAUCUAUUUUUACUUUUUUCUACAGUAAAUCUUUGAAUUAGGAAAAAAGUUCCUUGCAAGGCAAGAUGUCUUGUUCAAAACGCUUUGUUGUAUUGUCGACUACUUGUGUAAUCUCUUUUGUUUCAUUGUUCGUCUGAAAGACUUAACUGUCUUUACACUGCUAGAUCAUUUGCGUAAUAGAGCCAUUGUCUCUUCGUAUCUUUUUGUUCCGUUUCUCAUUUCCUAUGUGCGGCGAAUGGGCAGAAUGGCAAAAGUUAUGAAAACAAGAUAGGUUAAAAAAAGAAAUGCCAGAAUUGUGCAGUACUCUUCACUUGGUGUCCAAAAGUUUAACCUAACGGCUUUUUAUCAAUGGCGUAAAUUUUGGAUUAUGUCAGUCACAUCUUGAUCUCGAUUAGCUCUCUUAUCGGAACUUAACUUACAUUGUGCGAGGCGGAGGGGGAGUUUAAUAGCGUGAGUUAUCGUGGUUAAGCCUUCCUUCAACAUGUGGUUUCAUUGUUCGAUCGGAAACUGUUGAGUAAUCAAGACUCUUUCAUCUAAAAAAAAAAGAAGAAAUGGUCGACGCUAUUUAUAACAACAUUUACUAUCGAAAUUGAAAAAAGUUUUCAAAACAAACCUUUUAUCAUAGUUAAAAUUAACUUUCUUUGAAUAUAAUAAAAAGGUGUUUUGAAGACCAUAUGAAAUCUAUAGCGAUUCCCUAUAUGCGAUAGGAACAUUCAGUAAGAGUCUGUUUUCCUGGAAGCUAAUUUCAAUGAACGAUUUCAUGGGUAAAUUGAUCAAAUCAAAGAAUUAGCGGCGACAGAAAUUCAGCAAUAAAAUCUUUGUCUUUAUCGGUUUAUAACUAAGAAAUCAUCUUGGAGGCGUGAACGGGGGCUGUUUACAUCCCAUCUCACGAAGUCACCUUAAUUUAUCGCGCCCAAAUCUUAAGUGUACGUAACGUAUUUCAAAAGAAUAUGCGUCAUUGCAAGGUGAUUCUAAUAAGUAAAUCUACGCCCCCUGAGUCUGUUAAAAAUAAAGGUUAAAAGUGGGUUGGGUCGCCUGUUACUGGGCAAAAACAGCCGGUGUGGACUAGCAAAGUCAACCCACAAACAUGUGGUGCAUUGUACUCAAUCAUUCGCCUGGAAAAUUACUUUGACAAAGUAACAUUCCCUCUCGUUUUAUCUCUACGAAAACAAAAAUAAAGUAUUUAUUCCUUUCUCUUCCAUAUCCGUUCUUUUAGAAUAUUGGGUAAUAGCCUUUGUAUACGAUAGGUUUUACACCAUCUGAAAUGCUUAUGAAGACAGAAAUAGGCAUUCUAUAGAGCUUUUCAAAAGCAAGUACAUUCAUUGUAAAAAUAUCUAAAUUUUGGCAAAGGAUCAAUCAUUUUAUUGUCCAACCCGACGCAAAAAGAUGAUUACCUCAGUGUGAAAGCUCCAUGACUUUUUACGAAAGAAUUGAUGUAAAUAGCCUUUGAAAACGUACAGGUAAAAUGUACGGUGAAUAAAAUUCAUGAUGAGAGGUCCCAAUAAAGAUACACAUCGUGUUUAUAGAAGCAUUAAAAUGUCGUUUCCCCAAAUGAAGUUUCACGGGCAGGUGGAUUAUUCAUAUUAAACACUCAGGACCGUUAAAGAUACAAUGCUUUUAUUCAAACAACUUUAUACUCUACAUUUAUUAAGCGUCCAAAUUGAAUUAGAAAAUCACCCUGAUUCUUUCAAACGCAGAGAUAUCUCCAACAUCUAUCCCUAGGCUGGUAAAAGUCCAAUAAAAAUGUGACCAUAAUAACGCAAAAACAGAGGUUUUUUAGGCAUGGCCUUCGUUGCAAUGGAGUAAGGAUGCUGUUGGCUGCAUGAUAAUGUUCAUUUCUUCAUCAACAAAACUAAUUUCAAGUUUCUUGUAAAGAAAACGAACUUUCUUGAUAAAUUGCACAGUUUUUUUUAACUGAUUCGUUCUUUUUCCUGUGUGGUUGUCGAGGAAUUGCUCCGAAUCUCAAUCAUGAAACGGUUAAGUACCUUAUAGCAUUGAAGUUUACCUUGCUAAAUUAAUCUUGUAAAAGGAAUUGAAAGAGUACCUGUCAUUAGAAAAAAAAAAAAAAAAAAAAAAAAAAAAAAAAUGAGAUAAUCCUCUCAAGAGAUAAGACACUCCGGUUAGAGAGACAGAAAUAUUCCUUCCUUAAAAGUUUUUGAGCGCGCACAACUAGCGUGUAUUUUUGCUUAGUAUAUUUCCUCUCUCUCGGAGACUAGAGGACCGCUUCAAAGGACGUCAUUAUUGAGUACUUUUCUUGUAAUAAAUUUAGUUCAUUCGUGUUAAUUGUAAGGAGUACUGACAUAAAAAGUGAUUUAGUAGAUUCGCAGCUUUAAAUGGCUCUUGAACAAUAAUUGUUGAAUCUGAAAGCCUUCGCUUCUUUUCCCCGUCAGGUGCGUCAAAAAAAUCGACAAUUAGGAAUUCGGGCCUUUUUUUCCACUGUUAGCGGAUUGUAAUGGAGAUUCUUGGAUUCGAGAUAUAUCUUUCUAAGCGGGGGCCCGCGAAAAUUUAUUUGCUCAUUUUAACUGCAGUUUUUACGUAUGUAAGAUGAUAAGUAUCUUCCGCUACCAAGCGAAGCAAGCUGUUCGUCUGGUAUCCCCAUUGUUCGAGUAACAUGUGAUUUCUUUGUCUCAGCAGACAAACAAAACAGUGGGCGCAUUGCAAAUAGCCAAGCAGGCCUUGAAACGUAUUCACGUCGAUUGUUCUGCAAACACUUUUUUUAAUUCGAUAAUAGAAAUUGCCACGAAAAGUCUGUAAACAAUGGCCGGCCUUUAUUCAUUACUGAUUGAUUUUAGACGGAAGCUUCCAUCGCCCACGAAACUUUGCUCGGAAGAGAAAAAAUACGCGUAGAAAGUUAUGCAAAGGGAUUUUUCUAAGAUGAAAGAGCUCGAAGACGAAGCGACCUCAGCGGGACGAAAAUACCGCACGACUUAAACAAAAACAAACAAAUCAUGAGUUCCUAUGCCGCUGUUUCAACUUCAAGGCAAUAUAAUGAUAUGUGCAAUUUAAAGUUAGAGGGGGUGUAUUGACGUAAUUUAACCUCGAUUUUUUCCAAAAGUGUCAAAACGUUUUGAUUAAUGCUUCGGAAGACUAGGAAACGUGUAAGAUGAGCGAAAAGUUUGGGAAAGGCGUCGAUAAAAGCAGUUUUUCUCUUUUUCUUUUGUGUCCAUUAGAUGUCCCUAUAAAUUUGUCAUUUAACCGUGACAGAUAGAGUUGUUUGGCUGUCAAAUUAAACGGGUUUCUUUUGUGUGUGUUUUUAUAACUAUUUUAAGAUAUCCCCGAUCUCUUUUAGACGAGGAACCUUCCAAAGACCUCAAAAAUGAAAAGUUGAUCGAUCAUCAAAUUCUAGUAAAGCAGACCAUACUGGUCGGUGUGAUGCAAUAAAGAAGAAAUAAUACUUUUAUCUCAUUAGGUAUUCACCCGGAGUUUGAUUGUCACUUUUUAAGAGGUCUUCCGUUCAUAAACAGCUUUUUUAAAUUUUGAAUACAAAUUUUAUUGCAAACAGGGUCAUUAUUUCAUAAUUUUUUUUAUCAAAAGUGUUAUAUCGAACUCGCAAUUCAUUUUUAGAUUAGGAGCUCUGUAAUUUUUAACAAUAGCCUAUCUUUUUUAGCAAUUAUCUUUUCAGUAGCCGUUGUGGCCUGAUAAAUGAACGCACAUUAAAAAGUUUUUAUUUCAUUUAAUUACGAAAUACGACACUGAAGAACACCUUUUUAGCUGAUAAGUUUUUAUCUGACUGAUAUUAUUACUGGUAUAUAUUUGGCAUAUUUCCCACUUGCUCGGACGUCAUUAUACUAUACAAGAACAAUUUUUUUAGAAUUUCACGACUCUUAGUAAUACUACGGUUUGAUAAAACAAAAACAUUCUAGAAAAAACUCAUUACCACGCUGGUUUGCACAAAAUUUAAUUAUACAUAACAACCAUUUGCUUUUGCAAGCAAAUUCGAUUUUUUUAGUUCGGUCAGGCGUUCGGCAAAACAAAAGAGUUAUUUAACUGUCUAAACGCCCGCAGGAAUUUACGGCAAAACGGAAAUUUUUGGUGUUAAUUUGGGUAGCUGGUAAUUUGCUUAACACGGUAGCCACGCGCCCUGGUCUGCAGAGCUGAAUAUUCCAUCUUGGAACAGGAGAGUCUUUGCAUUCCAAAUUAAUUUGCAAUUAAACCACGGAUAAUUUUUCUGCAAAUGAAUUCUUGAUUUGUUGAGACGUGAUUUUUUAAGAUGACGGCCGGAUCCUGAAUUUUCCGUUGCGCUUUCUCUUGUCCAGACACCAGAAAGAUCGUGAACCCUAUGUUUGUAUUUCUCAGUAACACCUCCUAUGAAGUGAAACAAGUUUGAAGAUAAAUAUCGAGUCGAUUGGACAGGUUUUCUGCGACCAGAAGCAGACAUAUUGAAAUUGCAGUAAUUCAAACAUUUUCACGUAUUGGGACAUCAGCUUCAAAACACUGAAACUUUUGCCUUUAUCUAGAGUAAUGUUGUUUUUGUGUAGCGCGUAUCACUGCGGUAAACCGCGAUGCUACUAAUUCUAAAGAAACAGUGAGGCUAAUUAUGAAGACUCAUUAUUUAAUGUUAAAAUGUCAUGAUUAAAUGACUAACGGAAUUUAGUUAAGAUACCAUUAAACCAGCAAAAUUCUUUCUUGCGAUAGGAAUGUUCAAAAAGUGCGAUAGAAACAUGUAAGUCAGCAUAGUUUGGCAAACUGUCGCAAAAUAUGCAGUCGCAAACUGUGACGAUUUCAAACUUUGAAUCGCUAGCAAACUUGUCAGCCCUAGGAGAUUUAGAACUCGAAUUUUCGUGUAAUAAUUGCUCACUUGAUUGUGCGGGCGAUAUUUACCAAGGUGCAGGUUACUUUUGUUUUCUUUUCUUCAGGUAUACAUUCUCUCACAUUGAGCCACAGCGAACAAAACAUUUUGCGCUUCCUAGGUACCUACAUUGUAGCGCUUGAACGAACAAUACAACACGUGCACAGAGCUCUGAUUUCUGUUUUGCGACCAGCGUAAGUCAUUUAAAGUCCUUUCUAGGAGCAAUCCGGUACCCGAGUACCUCAAAUGAUCCACUAAAAUGGCUCACCCGUUUUGAUUUUCUUGAUAACUUUAAAGUUCGCUGGUAAGUUAAUAACCGGUUGAAGUCUAUCCGUGUGUACCGAAGGAAAAGAUCUUGCACGUUUCGAAGCCUCGAUCUUGCUUACACAUCUGUUAGCUUAAGAUACAUUCCAAGGACAAAAGAUUUCCCUUUUCGGCCGCGUGUCAAAAUUAUAUAUGUAUAAAGCGUGAUACUUCUAUUGUGCGAUGUGAACAGCCAGCCCUUUGUGGCAAUUCUGAGAUAUUUAGGCAGCAAAGGGCGAACUAAACAAAUCCCGUCAUCGAACCACUGGCGGGUCACGUGUGCUGAGUACGGCCACCAUUCAACACCUGUAGAAUGAAACGUUCUUGAAUCAAAAAGCGUGGAAAGACGUUCGUUAUUUACCGGUUUCCGCUGGUUCUGCUUUCCAGCUAUCUCUCUUGCAGAGUUGCUCAGCUGUUUGCAAAAGGCUCACCUCACGUUUUCUGAUCGCUUCCUGAUUUCCCCCGGGCAACGGCACCCAUUAACGACGAAUUGAUAUGAAAGCACCGUAGACGGCGGCAUCUGAUUGGCUGGAGUCAUUGACAAAAGAUCUAACAAAAGGCUCUGAACGACCCUCGUGGCAAAGUUUAUUGUCUCGGAAAUCAGUGAAAUUCACUUGGGGCAGUAUGUUAAUCGCGUUUAUACUAUGCGUUUGACACAUUUCGCCGUGCUCUGCUUCAUCUCGCGCGCACUGAUAGUGAUAGAGUAUUUACGACCUAAACAAAAUCACUAAUUUCUAUAAAAUCUAACUUCCUCCAGCUAAUAAUUGUGAAGCUAAUUACAGCAUGGUUUGUUAAUAAUAAAUGUGUCUUUGAAUAUUAAUAACCUUCCUCGCUCUAGCUCCAAUAUUAUUUUAACUUCUCAGCCAGUGAUGAGGGCGGGGAAAACUGGAGCGCCUCGCACGUGUCAAGAACUCGCUGCUUAGCUGUCCCGCGAAGCAAUGCUCUGAUUGGUUAGUACACUAGCACGUGUCAUUAACUCUUGCUACACCUGUCGCUCCUUUCACAGGUGAAUACCAAUAUAUUUGUCACCACUGCUCGCAAGUGUUUGCAUUCCCAAACACACUUAAAACGCACAUCGCAUUUGAGUGCGCCUCAAACCGUGGGAAGAGCUAUAAAGAGCCCCUGUUUCACAGUCAGCGAACACACUCAUACACCAGUUGCCUUCCAAGUAGAAACAACCCGCCGAACAGGCCGCCGAGAAUGAGCACUUUGUUUUUGACUCCAAAUUCGGAUACGGACGGGAUACAGGUAUCGAAAACGGACAAUGAUCCACCGCUCAACCUCAAACACGAUGGAGAACCAAGCAGGAGCGUGCACCACCAUAAUGGCAGUGCAUUCCUAUCCGACGUCUCAGUUCACGACGAUAAACCCAUUAUUAACGGAGGACAUUCUUCAUCUGGAUUAAAUUUAUCCAACAGCAUGGGUUGUUUGAACGGUUUAAAUGGUUUUAAUGGCUUCAACAACCUAUCAUUGGCAAUGAAUCAGUUUCCAUUCCUCUCCAACUUCAACACGGAUUCCUUUCUAAUGAAGGAGAGCCCGAAAUCGCUGCAAAACUCCGUUGGAGACAGCUCGUCGUCUACCAAGGCUUCGCCACCCUUUUCGCUGCACUCAAGCUCAGCCGAUUUGCAGGUCGUUAAGUCUCCGGACAAGCUCCAACCAGUUCUUACGCCGCUAACACCAGUGAGCCUACCAUCCUUUACGGCGGAAACGUUCGGAAUUAAACCUGAUGGCUUAAAAAAUUCCUCUCUUGUUCCUCCUGUUAAUCAGUCGCAGCCGUUCAGUUCGGCUAGCUUCAACGGUUUUAAGAGCCCCGAGCUUGGAAAUGUGCCAGUUUCCUCAGAAUUUCCUUCAAUCUCACGACCACUAUUGAGCGAACUUAACGGACUUAAUGGAAUGAGGUACAACUUAUCACAGGAAUCCUCGUUUUCGCAAAACCAGAUGGAUAUGUUAAAUAAUCCAGCGUUUCUCCUCCAGCCCCGGCCUCCUCUCUGCAGUCCUUCGUCGAUGCCAUUUUUCAAAUAUGGAUUUCCACAGGGUUUUCCAUCACUAAAUGGCCAACCGGUUAUGAAUCCAACGGGUCCUAUGAUGUUUGGAACGGAACAAGGCGUUAGCAGACUGCCUUCAUCCUCCACAACGCCGAACCCCGAUGGAACGGGUUUAAACGGGGAUCAAAUGACACCGGACAAGCCGAAAACAGGUUGCAAUGAGGAAAUGAUAAACGAUUUGAACUCUAAAAAAGUGAAUAAGGGAUAUCUAUGUGAGCUGUGUGGCAAGUUGUACACCCGCAAAUACGGGCUUAAAAUCCACAUGCGUAUUCACACGGGCUACAAGCCUUUAAAGUGCAAAUACUGUCAAAAGAGAUUUGGCGAUCCGAGCAAUAUGGCUAAACACAUCCGCCUUCAUGCUGUUGGGGACACUCCUUAUAAAUGUCAGUAUUGCGGUAAAGUUUUGGUCAGGAGAAGAGAUUUAGAUCGUCACAUAAAAUCAAGACACCCAAACGGACGUUAG